GAACUCGAUAUCAUCAAUGUGUUUUCAUCAAAAUUCCACUAGAUUUCAUAGUACCGUUCAAAGCGACUCAGACCGGGGUUGGUGGGCGAGGUCAAUCGGCAAAGCGUGUGGGACACCCAAAUACAAUGCCGGGCAAAGGCCCGACGCCCUCCUUUUUUGGCGAGGGGUACAACAAAACGGAAUUAUUUGGAAUGCCAUCCCCGGCCCGUGUCCUACAUCGAACAGCGCGUCCUUUCUGACACCCAUCACGCGCCACAGCACAACAGAACCCUUGACCCCGUGUCUUCGUCUACGUGCAGGUAUAUAAGGCAGUGAUGAUAUCUUACCUGCUGUGUAGUGCACUACCGCUUGCGCUUACUGUCGCUGCCUCGGAGUCUGCUUCUUCAUUCGCUGGUUCAACUGUGUCUGAUGUGUUCCCUCCUCCUGGGGCUACCAUAACUGCCGAUCAAUCGUACUUCCCUGAUGCGUCACAGGUUGAAUAUGCUGGACCCACCCCGACUGGCGCUGAACUGGAGGCCAUCGCCACUGCACCUGCUGCAGCACUGAACAGUAACAUAUAUCCGCUGCUAGCCCCACAAACUCCAUACAGCGGCACAGGCGCACCGUUCGAAGUCAUCCGCUCGUGGGGAAAUCUCAGUCCUUGGUUUUCCGUGGGAAGCAACGCCUUUGGUCUUGCGACAGCCAACCCUCAAGUCCCAGCCGGCUGCGAGCUCGAGCAAGUUCAUUUGCUUCAUCGGCAUGGCGCUCGAUAUCCGACUUCUAGCGAUCUACCUACUUUAUUCGCGGCGCACCUUCACGCCGCGGCCAAUAGUACCGGGUUCUCCGCUACUGGGCCGCUGGAGUUUCUGAACACCUGGACAUAUAAACUCGGCGCCGAGCUCCUGACACCAUUCGGCCGUGAGCAGCUGUUCCAAUUGGGCGUCGGCUUCAGGGUCAAAUACGGCGAACUAUUGAAUGGAUUCAUUGAUCUGCCUGUGUUUCGUACGACCUCCAAUUAUAGGAUGGUUGAGAGCGCCCUCAACUUCGCUGCUGGGUUCUUCGGUGUUCCAGAUUACCAGACUUCCUAUCACCAAGAAAUCAUCAUCGAGAGUGGUGGUUUCAACAGCACGCUCUCGCCUAACCCCUCCUGCCCCAAUUCCGAUAACAACGUCGCAGGGCUCCUCGGUCUCAACGCCACGGAAAGAUGGGCACUUGUCUACCUUAAUAUGACGGCAUCGCGGCUGCAACAGUACGUGACGGGCCUCAACCUCAACGCGACCUACAUCUACGCCAUGCAGCAGCUGUGUGCAUACGAGACCGUCGCUCUCGGGUACUCGGCGUUCUGUGGGUUGUUUACCGAAGAGGAGUGGAGAGGGUUCGAUUAUUCGUUCGAUCUUGAUUUCUGGUACGGGUCCGGCCCUGGCAAUCCGACUGCCGCAGCACAGGGCAUUGGUUGGGUUCAAGAGCUGGUGGCUCGCCUGACGAAGACGCCUCUCACCACGUUUGACACGUCCAUGAACAGCACGCUCGAUGGCAGCAACAUCACAUUCCCUUUGAACCAGCCUAUAUACGUUGAUGCUAGCCAUGACACGGCUAUCUCCACCAUCAUCACUGCUUUGAACUUCACGACCCUCGCGGCCAAUGGUCCUCUCCCGAUCGAUCACAUCCCUGCCUUCCAGACAUACCACGUUCACGAUAUUGCACCCUUUGCGACCAAUCUCGUCGCGCAGGUGUUGUCCUGCCCUGCAUCCUUGGGUGUUGUCAGCAACACUAGCGCAGCCGCCGGCUCGGCAUCGUACAUCCGCUUCUUGCUGAAUGACGGUGUCGUGCCACUGACAGGGAUCUCGCACUGCGAGACACCUGAUCCGAACGGCUUGUGCCUGCUUGACAACUUCAUUCAGGGCAUGCAGGAACGCAUUGCGGAGGUCGACUUCGUUUAUGACUGCUACGGCAACUACACCGCACCAUUGCCAGGCUCAGACAACAUCAUCGACGGCCGAGCACCUCAGUAACAUCGGGCUGCUCAGACAUGGCGGAACAAAGGGAUGCGAGCAAAGGUCCAGUACUAAGUUAACAAUAACGGAAUAGCAGGGAACGUGU